AUGGAGCAGCACUUUCUCGACUACGGGAAGUCGGCUUGGGACGCCGUUGACCGGGCGCCGCGGCCCAGGCCUCCGUCGUUGCUGAUCUCCGAAGACUCGGGACCGUGGCCGCUGCCCUUCUACCCGGUACUGGGAGAGUCCGCGGGCAACUACGACGCGUACGAGACGCCAGAGACGCCAGAGACGCCAGAGACGCCAGAGAGCCCAGCGGAACCCGCCCGAGAGCCUGAGCCGGCAGAAGAAACCCCUUCCCCGGGGCCUGCCCAGGAGCCGUGGCCCAGCGCCCGAGACGGACAGCAGAUGGCGGAGAAGUUUGAAGGCCCGCGCCCUGCAGAGCGCCGCCCACCGCGGGCUCCAGCCGCACGGUGCCCGCACCCCGAUUUCUCUGGCUGCCUGCGGUGGGUCCGUCGCGCCGUCUGCUCCCUGAGCCGCGCGGCUGCGGGCUGCUGCGGGGUCUUCCUGGACCUUAAAGGGCCCUGA